UAAACAAAUCGAAAGAAAAAACAAGCUCAAGGAGACAACAAGCCAUCCUCAACUCAAUGUUAUGUCUUUCACUCUCAUAAGGUAUUUAUAUUAAAGCGAAUAAAAAUUUCCCCUUCUUCUUCUUCUUCUCUCUUCUUUAUCAUUUUCCUCGAAAUCUUCUUUCGUGGAAGAAACUGAACAAGUUAGUAUAUACCCUAUUUACAUGCUCCGCUUACCCUAUGGAUUACUGGAUUUCGUGGCUUGCUUAAGAGUUCAGUCGGUACUGAAAAUAAUUUAAGGGCUUUCGAUUACCAUCUGGGUUUGGCGUUUGCUUGCGAACCAAGGUCAAGUUUAAUUGUAGGGUUUGGGAGGGGGGGAUUUGAUGGAUCUUGGAGUGAAACCCCUAUCCUUCGCAAGCUCAAGCGCUUCGUGGAGCCCCAAGGAUAGAGUUUCGGACCAGUUUCCUGCUGGCCUGAGAGUGCUUGUUGUGGAUGACGACCCUACUUGUUUGAGGAUCUUGGAGAAGAUGCUCAGAAAUUGCCAUUAUGAAGCAACCACGUGCAAUCAGGCUGAGCUUGCGUUGAGGUUUCUUAGGGAUAACAAGAAUGGCUACGACAUUGUUAUAAGCGACGUGCACAUGCCCGACAUGGAUGGGUUUAAGCUUCUGGAGCAUGUCGGACUUGAGAUGGAUCUGCCAGUUAUCAUGAUGUCGGCGGAUGAAAGCAAACAUGUUGUGAUGAAGGGCGUUACACACGGUGCUUGUGAUUAUCUUAUAAAACCGGUUCGGAUGGAAGCGUUGAAGAACAUAUGGCAGCAUGUGGUUCGCAAGAAGAAGAAUGAGUGGAAGGAGAGGGAUUGUGAAGUGUCGGGAAGCAUAGACGAUGGGAGACUGGAACAGAAAGUGCCCGAAGAUUUGGACUAUUCAUCCUCAGCUAAUGAAGGAACUUGGAAAAGUUCCAAGAAACGCAAGGACGACGAGGAUGAAACUGAAGAAAGGGAUGACACUUCCACUUUGAAAAAGCCUCGGGUUGUUUGGUCAGUCGAGCUCCACCAGCAAUUUGUCACUGCCGUUAAUCAACUUGGGAUAGACAAGGCUGUUCCGAAGAAAAUACUGGAAUUGAUGAGCGUUCCUGGACUUACAAGAGAGAAUGUUGCAAGCCAUCUUCAGAAGUAUCGUCUGUAUCUGAGACGGCUUAGUGGUGUGUCGCAGCAUCCAAAUGGGCUUGGCGGCGCCUUUUUGGGGCCUCCGGAUGUGGCGUUUGGAGCAAUGUCUUCGAUAAAUGAUGCUAGGCUUCAAGCUUUUGGUGCUACAGGUCAGCUCCAGCCCCAAAGUCUUGCUACAAUCCAGGCGGCUGCGCUCGGCAGGGCUACUUCCAAUUCUGCGACACUCGUGGAUCAAAGGCAUCUUUUCAGCCUCGAGAAUCCGAAAUUAAGGUUUGUGGAGGAGCAGCAACAACAAAGUGGUAACAGCAAGCAGGCAAGCUUACUUCAUGGAAUACCGACAAAUAUGGAUUCAAAACAGCUAGCUGCUUUUCAACAAUCCUCGCAGACUUUGGGCGAUAUGAGUAUGCAGCAGGUCCACUCCCAGGCAGGCCAAAGUGGCGCUUUGAUUACACAGAUGGUUCAACCGCAGUCGAGGACUCAAACACUAAACGAAACUGAUGGAAAUGGAAGACGCGUGCCGGGGUCUGUUGCGCAGCCUAUUCAUUCGCAGGCAAUUCCAAGUGCUGUCUUGGUUUGGAAUGGAAUCGACAGUGUUCGUGGACCAGUGCAUACUUCAGUUUCCCAGGCAUCGACUGGAUUAGAAUUUCCCGCGAGUCUUCCCACAGAAUUUCCGAGGAAUGGCUUUUCAGUUGCAAGUAAUUCAGGAAUUUCGAGCCUCCCGCCUAAGCUGCAAGACGAAGUGAACUCAGAAAUGAAGGGAUCUAGAGGAUUUCUUCCAAGUUACAAUGUCUUCGAUGACCUCAAUCAGAAUAGAAUCCAAGAUUGGCGUAUACAAAGUGCUGGACCAACCAUCGACGCCCCUCAACAUUCCAAUGCACCGGGAGGCCUGGAAGUUCUGCCGUCCGUUUCAGUUCAGCCGCAAAGAUUCUAUUCCAAUCAGAGGAGGUAUACAUCUGUUAACAAGACAGCGCACUUGGUUUCCGAGGGGCUAAGCAGCGCUCCAAAUAUGUGUCCUCCGCAACACUUUUCGUCAGUAGCCGACAAUCAAUUCAGGGUAAAGGCUGAAAGGCUACCUGAUAUGGGAUUCCAGAAUGGCCUCUAUCCGGAGCACUUUGUCCAGGAGGACCUCAUGAGCGCCCUUCUCAAACAGCAUGAGGAAGGCGCUGCCGCACCUGUUGAGAAUGACCUGGCCUUUGAUGGGUACCAUUUGGAUAAUCUACCUGUCUAGCAUGCAUACCUACGCCUCUUUUCUUCUUCCACGUGCGAGCACCUGUCCUUGUUUUUUAACGUAUUUUUUAAGUAUGAAUUCAUUGCCGGGCAUCAUUCUUUGGUCAAGCAGGUGGAUCCCUCGACUCUAGGAUUGAAGCUCGAGUAAUGUGCUCGAUGUUGCAGCAUGUUAUGCAAAGCAGAACAUGCACAGCAAAAUUAUAAUUGCUCUGACUUGGGAUAUAUAUCGUUUUCAGUUCCAGCUCUAGCUAGUCGAAAUAUAUAUAUGCAGUGGAAUAUAUCGAUCUGAUUGAUUGGUUCGUGCUCAUCAGAUCUACUGCGAGCGAUUCAUGUAGCUAGCUUGGUCGUCGUUAGGCGUUUGCCUGUGUACAUACUCCCGUCCGUCCCGUGUAUAUUAUAUAUAUAUAUAUAUAUAUGCUUAUAAGGUCAGUCAGUAUAUGUUGUUUAACUAAAACUACGGUUUGGUUUUAGCAAUUUAAAGAUCUGUUUCUUUCCGAA